UCCCAAUUUUGAAAUCACAGAACAGUCCAAAAAAAAGUCUCGACGAAACGUUUCUCUGUAACCAACCUCGAUCCCAUGGAGGAGCCCGAUUCGGAUCCCGGAUCCUACCCAAACCCGCCCGCUUCGGUCCAUCUCGCACCCUUCUCAUCUCUCACUCCUCCUCCCUCUGCUCGUCUCCUCCUGUCACGCCACGUCACUCGUCGCACACACACACUCCAAUCGUCUCCGCCCCUAGCUCACCUAUCUCCCCAUGGCUUGCUCGACGAGGCCAGCUCGGCGCGAUCUAUCUGCGGACUGAGCCGAGAGGAAGCUCUCGCGUGGGAGCUCUUCACGCCGUACCAGAGGUUCCUGAUUGUUGCGGUCAUCGGCGUCGCCGCCGCUGAGUCGAAGAAGAACGGUGCGAUUCGAAAGCUCCAGAGAUCUGUUGAUCUCAGGGACCAGGUUCUUUCAAGCAUGCAACAGAAGCUGGAUGAUUUGUGUCAACAGCUAAAUCAUGCCAAGGAUCAGUCUGGGGAUGGAUCCAAGGUCUCUGAUCUGCAAUCAGCUAUCAAUGAGAAGUUUGGAUCUGAGAAUGUUAAAUUUGUAGAGUGUGGUUGUUGGUUAUGUGAUCAACAUCAUCAGUCCUCACCUGCUGCUACACAGGAUAAAGCUCCCGCAGGUAUGGUGAUUGACGUAGAGCCAGAGGAGAGGCGUAUGUCUUACUUGUCAGAUUGGUGUUCUAGUGACACCACUGCUGCAGAAAUGCAUUUUGAUAAUCUUUCACUCGACCAAGACAUGCUUUCGCUCAGAAAGGAGUGUCAAGAGAAAGAUGAAACAAUUAAGGAUCUAACUUCAUUUCUUCAGUUAACCAACAAAGCUGGUUCAAAACGAGAAACAGAGCUUGAAGAGAUUAUUCGCAGGAAGAAGACAAUUAUCAAAAAGCUCAAGAGGAAUGUACUGGUGUUAGAAGAAAAGGUUUCACAGCUCACUAGGCCCCGGAGGUGGUCUUGUUCAGCUGCAAUCCCAAGUACCCGUGAAUUCCCAAUGAGGCUGGACAAUCUUCUUUAUGAUAUGGAUGUUUCCACAGCUUCUUCAUCCUCUGAUUCAGAAACUCAUGCGAAUACACCUCGAAGACCUGUGUUGGAGGAUGUUCCAGUUGAUUGCAUCAAGGAGGAGCCCUCAGCUUUGGGACAAACCCAAAAAUCAGCGCCAGCUAAAUCCUCAGCAUCACUUGUAAAAGCUGUGGAGCCACCGACUACUCGGAAGCCUGUUUCAGUGUCUUCUUCCUCAUCAUCUUCUUCUUCUUCUUCUUCUUCUCAAAGGAUGAGACGGGCUUCUUCUUCUAGUGGUGAUUCAAGGAAAGCUAGAAGGCCAGUUCAGGUUGCCCCAAGAGCUUCCUUUGGUUCGCAUAAGAGAUGGGUUUAGUACAUUUGGGUGUACUGGUAAGUAUCUAAAAGCAUGUCGCUAAAAGAAUGAUGUAUAUUCCAGAGAAAUUAUUUAUUUUAAGGAUGAUGACUUCAUAUCAGUAACUGUCUCAGUACUGAGUUUUGAAUUGGGUUCUUUGAGUUUGAGCUUUGAAACAUCAGAGUUUCUGGUCAAUCGCUUAAAGAAAAAAACAUAUUGUUAUCUACAUCUUAGGCGUUAGUGCCUUUUUUUUUUAAUUGUCAUCACUACUUGAUU